AUGUCUCCUCACAAGUCGGAUCCCCCGAGUAUCAAGAUCGCUAUCGAUCGUGGUGGUACAUUCACCGACUGCCUUGGAAUUAUCGAUGGUCGUGACGAAGAGAUUGUGGUCAAACUCCUGUCCCAAGACCCAGCCAACUACGCAGAUGCCCCGAUUGAGGGGAUCAGGCGAAUUCUGGAGCAGGCGACAGGUCGAGCCUUUCCUCGCGAUGAAAAGCUCACAACCGCCGAUUUUUCCAAUGUCAGCAUUCGAAUGGGCACAACGGUCGCCACGAAUGCCUUGCUGGAACGUAAGGGAGAGCGUCACGCUCUUUUAAUCACCAAAGGGUUUAAGGAUGCUUUGCAAAUUGGAACACAGGCUCGACCCAAACUUUUUGCGCUGAAUAUUCAACGCCCUGAUGUGCUCUAUGAAGAUGUCGUCGAAGUUGACGAGCGUGUCACCAUUGAGGAUUAUCAACAAAACCCCACGCCUGACAAGGAAAGUCUUCAAAAGGCCUCCCAAUCGGAUACUUCCUUGAAGAAAGGUGUCAGCGGCGAAGUUGUCCGAGUUCUGGAGCCGCUUGAUGAAGUCGGUACGAAACAGGCUCUUCAGAGAUUAUAUGAAAAGGGCUAUCGCUCGAUCGCGGUUUGCCUCGUUCAUUCAUAUACAUUUCAAGAUCAUGAGCUUGCAAUUGAAAGGCUGGGAAAGGAAGUCGGGUUUACCCAGAUUUCUCUUUCCAGCCAGUUAUUGCCAAUGAUAAAGCUGACCUCGAGAGGUACUUCGGCUACUGCCGAUGCCUAUCUCACACCGGUCAUUCAACGCUAUAUUCAGGGCUUCCGCUCAGGAUUCAAGGAUGGGCUUACCUCGGCCGAUACUCGAUGCGAGUUCAUGCAGUCCGAUGGAGGCCUCGCUAACUUUGAAAAAUUCACUGGACUCCGUGCAAUUCUGUCGGGGCCCGCUGGAGGCGUUGUUGGAUAUGCAGGAACUUCUUACGACGAGACAGACCGAACACCUGUCAUCGGGUUUGACAUGGGUGGUACUAGUACUGACGUCUCUCGAUAUGACGGUAAGCUGGAGCACACUUUCGAGAACAACAUCUCCGGUGUGACAGUGAUGGCCCCCCAGCUGGACAUCAAUACUGUCGCUGCAGGUGGUGGAAGCAUUCUUUUCUGGCGACAUGGACUGUUUGCAGUUGGCCCCGAGUCCGCAAGUGCUCAUCCAGGACCAGCAUGUUACCGGAAAGGAGGUCCUUUGACCGUGACUGAUGCCAAUCUAUUCCUUGGUCGUCUUUUACCAGCAUACUUUCCCAAAAUUUUUGGUCCGAACGAGAAUGAAGCUCUGGAUGUCCAAGUUACUCGUCGGAUGUUCACAGAACUUGCAGCUCAGAUCAAUGCUGAGACCAAACAAAGCAAGAGUCCACAAGAAAUUGCACUUGGCUUCAUUCAAGUAGCAAACGAAUCAAUGGCAAAACCUAUCCGUGCACUUACUGAAGCUCGUGGAUAUGACACUUCGGCACAUAACCUGGCUUGCUUUGGUGGUGCUGGAGGGCAGCACGCUUGCGCUAUUGCCUCCUCAUUGUCAAUCCGAACUGUCAUUAUCCAUCGGUAUUCUUCGAUUCUGUCUGCCUACGGCAUGGCUUUGGCAGAUGUUGUUCAUGAGGCCCAGGAGCCGGCAUCUGGGGUUCUGGAUAAUCAAGCAAUGAAAAAGAUUACCGAGCGAAUUGCUGCAUUGAAGUCCAAGGUGACUACAGCUUUGGUUUCCGAUGGGAUUGACCAAACCCUGAUUCAGCAUGAAGUCUAUCUCAAUCUGCGAUACCAGGGGACUGAUAACUUGCUCAUGGUACUCGAGCCUGAGCACGGAGACUUCUCUGCCGAGUUCAUCAAAGAACAUGAGCGCGAGUUCUCGUUUACUUUCCCCGGCCGCAACAUCCUUGUUGAAGAUAUUCGAGUCCGUGGUGUUGGAAAAGCAACAUCAAUCGCACCAGAGGCACCUCAGCAAGAGCUGAAAUCAGUGAAAACACAGUCUAUCGGGUCCGAGAUACAGGAUGAUUCAGCAUCUGUAUACUUUGCUGGAGUUGGUGAGAUCACCACGCCCGUCUUCUUCUUGAAAAACUUGCGACCCGGAUAUGUUAUCCAAGGGCCAGCGAUGAUCAUCGACAAUACACAAACAAUAGUUGUUGAGCCAAAUGCCACAGCCACAAUUUUGUCACGUCAUGUAAUCUUACAUGUACAAUCUUCGAAAAAGCAGACUGCCGACGCAACGGUUGUCGAUCCUAUCAGAUUGAGUAUUUUUGGCCACCGGUUCAUGUCUGUGGCUGAUCAGAUGAGCCGUAUGUUCCAGAAGACUUCAGUAUCCACGAACAUUAAAGAGCGGUUGGACUUCUCCUGUGCAGUGUUUUCUCCUGAUGGGAAGCUGGUUGCGAAUGCGCCCAACGUGCCAGUGCAUCUUGGUAGCAUGGAAUAUGCUGUCCGAUAUCAGCACGAGCAAUAUGGAGCCAGUUUGAAACCAGGAGAUCACAUUUUGACCAACCAUCCUCUUGCUGGCGGUACCCAUCUCCCUGAUAUCACCAUUGUCACUCCAGUCUGGGAUCACGAGGGUAGAUGUAUCGUAUUCUACGUUGCCUCUCGUGGCCAUCACGCUGAAAUCGGGGGUAUAGCGCCGGGAUCAAUGCCUUCAAACAGCAAGAUGCUGUAUGAAGAAGGUGCCAUGACAAUGGGAUUCAAGGUUGUGUCCGAGGGCCGUUUCGAAGAGGAAAUCGUCCGCAAGUUCCUUUAUGACGAACCUGCCUCAUACCCCGGCUGCAGUGGAACACGAACAUAUAAUGACAAUGUCUCGGAUUUGAAGGCUGCUAUCGCGGCAAAUCACAAGGGAGCACAGUUGCUAGAGGCUCUGGUGGCGGAGAAUACUUUAGAAGUGGUUCACUUCUACAUGGACGCUAUCAAACGCAAUGCUGAGGUUGCUGUCCGUGAGCUUCUCAAGUCGAUCGGCCGCAAGAAUCCAGGGAAGUCUCUCCGAUUCUCAGAUUUCAUGGAUGAUGGCACCGAGAUCAAAUUGGAAAUCCGUAUCGAUCCCGAAACUGGGUCUGCUGAUUUUGAUUUCACGGGAACUGGUCGAGAAACAUUCAACUGUCUCAAUGCACCCAAAGCCAUCGCCCACUCGGCUAUCAUCUAUAGUCUUCGGGCACUGAUUGAUGUGGAUAUUCCACUGAACCAGGGCUGCCUUGCUCCCGUCAAUGUAAUUAUUCCCUCCGGUACUUUGCUGAAUCCAUCUGGACAUGCUGCUGUCUGUGCUGGUAACCCAAUCACCUCGCAGCGCAUCACAGACGUUGUGCUGGGUGCAUUCAAUGCAUGUGCUGCAUCCCAAGGCUGCUGCAAUAUCAUCUCUUUUGGCAUGGGAGGUGUUGAUCCUACGACUGGCCUUGAGGUCCCUGGCUUCGGAGUUGGUGAGACCAUCUGUGGUGGAUCAGGUGCUGGGCCAUCGUGGAAUGGCACUUCCGGUGUCCAUGUCCACAUGACAAACACGCGAAUCACGGAUGCAGAGGUCUAUGAGCUGCGUUAUCCUGUCAUUCUGCGCAGGUUUGCCAUUCGGAACGGGUCCGGUGGAAAGGGUCUUUUCCGAGGUGGAGAUGGUAUUGUCCGCGAGCUGGAGUUCCGCAUGCCUCUUUCGGUUUCAAUGCUCAGUGAGCGACGUGUGUAUCGGCCAUAUGGACUGGAGGGAGGUGAAUCAGGCCAGGCAGGCUUAAACCUCUACGUGAAGAACGAGCUGGACGGAACCAAGAGAACGAUCAAUAUCGGCGGAAAGAUGGAGCUUCAAGUCCAGCCGGGAGAACGCAUUCUGAUUCAUACACCUGGAGGUGGUGGCUGGGGAAGUCCGUCCGAUGAGGAGCCAGUGGCCAGUUCUGGUACUGGGAAUCGAAGCCUAACGAGCUUCCAACCGCGAGGAAGCGUGCACACAUUCACGGCCACUGCUGAAUCAGCCAUGUAA